AUGGCUGGGCCGAUGUGCGAGAAGGUGACCGUUCGCAUGAUGUCCGGCGAGGUAACGGAAAUUCCUGCUGUUGGAACACUGGCAGAUUUGAGGCAGAUCAUCGCGCAGUCUGCCCAGACAUGUCCAGAGUUUGUGCGGCUUCUUCGCGGUGAGGAUGUCCUUGAGGAGCGCAUUGAUGUACAGUCCCUAGCCGACAGCGAAGUGUUUGCUUUAAUCACACCCAGCGUCCCGAACUUGCUCAAGGCGCUUCGACAGCAUGAGUUCAAUUUCAGAGGUCUAAAUGAGAGGUCUACGUCCGCUAGCAAAGUCCGUGGGCUCAAUGUCUUGCACGCUGCGGUGAUCACUGGGAAGCUGGAUUUGAUCCGCUUCACCCUUCUGGAGGAAGAUUUUGACGGGGUGAAUGACACGUGCAGCGACGGCAGUGGGUACACUGCCUUGCACUUAGCAGCAAGCCGUGGGUUGGUAGAUGUCUGCCUGGAGCUCCUGGCAUGUCCGCAAGUCACACACCAGAACGCACACAGCGUGAAGGAUGGUACCGCGCUCCACGUUGCAGCUCAAAAUGGGCAUUUGGCUGUUGUUCUCGCGCUGCUUGAUUGCGAGCACUUCACCGCUGUGAACGAAGUGGUUGUGGCGGAUCAGUGGCGCCAGGACUGGAGAGAAAGGUACGGCCAAACGGCGCUGCAUGCUGCUGCAAGGUCUGGCCGCAAGGACGUGGCAAAGAUGUUGUUGGACCAUCCACGCUUCACCUCGGUUUUGGCCUACACCAAAGCCUUUAAGGAUGCCGAGAAAAUGGCAGAAGAAGCGAGGCAGACGGAAAUUGCCGCCAUGAUUCGCAACCACCCGAAGGUACUUAAGUACAGGCGAGCUCAAGCGUAG